AUGCGGAGAUUUGAAGAAAGGCGAAUGAUUUUGAGAAGGCUGUUUCUGGAGGUUUGGAGAAUGAUCUAUAUCUCCUUCAAAGGUAAAUUAAUGGAUCUGGAUAUGGGUACUGGUUUCAAAGAUGGCAAGGGUAGUUGUGUUUUUGAUGCUGUAUGGAGAGAUUCAAAAAGUGUUGCCUUAGACAACAGAGCCAUACCUAAUCAAUCAAGAGUGGCGGCAGCAACAAGAGGAGGAGCAAGCCAUAGGAGGAGGAGGAAGAGGCAGGGAGAGGGGAAUAUGAAGGAAAUGGCGGCAAAGGGGGGAAGGGGUGCAGCUGCAGGGGGAGGUGGAGGGGGCACGGGGAAGGGGAAGGGGAUAGGGAGGGGGCGGGACAGGGGGAGGUGGGUGGGCGAGGAGGUGAGGGCGGGGCAACGGGAGGGGGCCGAGGGGACGGGGGAUGAGGGAGGGGGUGGGGUUGAGGGGGAAGGGGAUGGGGCGGGGGCUGAGGCAGCGCGGGAUAGGGGAGGGGUAAAGGGGGAGGGGGCUCGAAAAGGGAAGAGGAGGGACAGGGGGCAAGGGGCGAGAGCAGAUUCUGAGGAGGCAGAGGGAGGUAGCGAGAUCGGGAAGAGAAAAUGA